AUGGAGGCGGUAACUGAACGCCACUUCUUUCACCAUGGCGCUCCUAAGCCGGGCGCAACCAAGACAGCUCUCCGGGCCAUCGAGAGAGAAAAGUUAGACUGCCAGUGGUGCCAAAUACGAGCGUUCCCGAACCACAAACAAUACCCAAUCACCAUAGUCAACGAAGUCGAUGACGAAGUAAUCCCACCCAACUUUCGAUUCCUGCAGCAUUCGAAGCUCGGUCACGGGGUACAGGCCGCAGAGGAUAGUUUCCGAAGUGGAUGCGAAUGUGAAGAUGAGGAAGAAUGCCAGUACACGGGCUGUCUCUGCCUGCAGGAGCAAGAAGACGACUCGGACGACGAGGGCGAAGCGAGGAAAAAGGCCUACAUGUACCAUAUGCACGGCGCCAAGGCCGGUCUGUUGCGGUCAAAGUUCCUGAGCUCGACGCGGCCCAUUUACGAAUGCCACGAAGGCUGCGCAUGCGAUGUGACCUGUCCUAACAGGGUGGUCGAGAGAGGUCGACAGGUUCCUCUUCAGAUUUUCCGGACCGAGAAGACCGGCUGGGGUGUACGAUCGUUGCUCGACAUUCGACGAGGGCAGUUCGUUGAUAACUACAUUGGCGAAAUCAUUACUCCACAGGAAGCCCAGCGUCGACGGAACACCUCAAACAUUGCGCAACAGAAGGACGUGUACCUGUUCGCGCUCGAUAAGUUUACCGACGAAGAUUCCCCCGACAUGCGCCUACAAGGUCCCCCGCUCGAGAUAGACGGUGAAUUCAUGUCUGGCCCGACUCGCUUCAUCAAUCACUCGUGCGAGCCGAAUCUGCGCAUCUUUGCGCGCGUGGGAGAUCACGCCGACAAGCAUAUCCACGAUCUCGCCUUCUUUGCGCUUCGCGACAUUCCCCGCGGAGAGCAACUCACAUUCGACUAUGUCGACGGUGUGAGCGACGACGCUGCCGAUGCAAAGGACAAGAGCAAGCAAGGCGACAUGGUUCCGUGUCUUUGCGGUAGCAAGAAUUGUCGCCAGUUCCUGUGGUAG